GGCGUCCUUCAGGCCGUAGUGCCGCGUUCAUGAUGCCCAACAAUACCUCCCGUACCGCUCAUACGCUCAACUACAUAGGUACCUACCUAAGUAUGUACUUACCUAGGUAGACCUUCCGAGGCUCAAUGUCGCCAAAUGGAAAGAUCGAAUGAAUUACUGCAAGGGGUUUAGUUUUAUAAGAGGGCUACGGUACCAAGGUAUUCCCAGGCUGUCUGAUUGCUCCAAUGACCUACACGCUACUUGCUACCUCUAAGCAGGUGGCAAUAGAUAUCUGAUACUCAAUUCACUCAAUCGUCAUGGCAUUAUUCGCGGACAUCCCGUUUGGCCUUGCCGCCGAGAGUGGAUGCCCAGUCUGCUACUCAAAACUGAAGCCGCAGACGCAACUUCUUCUCCUAUGUGGCGGCUGCAAAGUAGUCCAAUAUUGUGGUACUGCCCACCAGAAGCAACAUCGUCCAGAGCACAAAGCAGCAUGUGCUUCGAUCGUCAAGAGUCGGGAGAAGCUUGAGAAGGAGGAAGCCACACUUCGGGCGCAGCCAGGCGACAUCUUAAUGCCGAGUGAUGUUUUCGAAACCGGUGUGGGCGGGUUCUGGGGUAUACUUGGGACCCGCGCUUACAUGAGGGCUCGAUUCGCAGCUGCCGAUGCGCUACUUCAGAUCAACUCAAUCAAAGCCGUCGAGAAGGCUUUGGCACAUUACCAGGACAUGCUGCGACUCUGUCGAUCAGAUAACCUAGGCGCCCGAGACAUUGUCCCCGGCCUCUUACUUCGCCUGGGGCGAGAGCAGGAAUGCUAUGAUUUUCUCAAGUGGUGGGGUGUUGUCGACCCUGAUGGGCGCCAUGACUGGGGCGAUACAAGUCUGCCAUAUCUCAACAUCCGUGGAGCCGACGUGUUCGAAGAAGUGGACACUUUUGCGAGCCGCUUGAGUCUCAGCCAACUUGUGAUUCUUACGCUCCUGAAGGUGCGUCUACAUCUCGACAUUGAGCCUUAUGACCCGCAAUACAUGGAUUUUGGGUCCCCAUGGGGCUCUUGGCCCCCUCCUCCCACUGAGCACAUGCGGCCGAUUGGCGAAAUCGUCCAGAAGAAAGUCAGAACAAUCACAAGCUCGGAUGUAUCAGAAAUCUCCCAGUCACUGAAGGAUCAAUAUAAGGCUUUGUUCAGAAUGGUGCAUAGGGAGAAUCCACAUUUGUGGGAAGCCUUGGUGGACGCGUCGGAAGACACUCCGCCCGUGCCUUCAAUGUAUAGUCCCGGUUCCGCGGAGGAGGCUAUUCUGGGCGUCCAUCAGUGCAAGAAGGCCUGGGAAGAAAGCUAUGAUGCCAUCACGAUGAUUGAAACGGAGGUUGGCGCCUUGGCUGAGGUAUACGAAGGCCCAGCUGCCACACCAGAUGGCGUGAAUGCCGGAGAGGUUGUAGCAACCUCAGAGAGACGAAAAGGCUCCGGCAAAGCAUUCCCAUCCAAGUUCAUUGCAUCUACAACGAACACGCGCCCAGAAGACUUGUUCCCGCCUUCACCAAUUGGCCCAGAUCAAACCUAUCAUUUCGUCCAUCGCAAAAACCAGAGAAAGGCUCUCGCGUACGCUAACGGAGCAUGUUCAAACAACGGACAACAAAACCCACAGGCAGCCUGGGCAGUGGUAUUUCGCCCAUCCAUUGGUGACAAUAGCCACCCAUGCAUGGUAUCAGGUCGACUAGAGCUCAAGGGUCCCUUUGGGGACGAGAGUGUAGCAACUAGUAACAGAGCCGAGCUUCGUGCAGCGAUAGCUGUCUUGCGUCGCAACGACUGGCGAGCUGAUGGGUUCAUCGGUGUGGUCAUCGCGACAGAUUCAUCUUAUCUUGUCGAUGGCGCCACCGAGUGGGCGAGAGGCUGGAUUCGCAAAGAUUGGACGACGCGAGGCGGUGAUCCCGUCAAGAAUCGAGACUUGUGGGAACUUUUCCUUGGAGAGGUAGAAAAGUGUAAAGAGGCGGGGCUGGAAGUUGAGCUUUGGAAGAUCCCCAGAGAGAUGAAUUCUUUUGCCGCCGCCGUGGCGAAAGAGACAAUCAACAAAGGGGCGGCCCCUAUCAACUUCGAAAACGUGCAACUUGGUUCUCCAGCGGUCAGUACUAGAACCCCGGGAGAGCUUCGUGUCGUUUGCCUAUGCUUAGAGUACGAGGGCAUAUUCAACGAUUGCUAUGCAGGCCUCAUCUCGAAAAUCAACGCCAAAGCUAAAAUGGAGCGAGCCACCACUCAAAAGGCGGCCUUGGACAUGCUCACUGAGAACCCUCCGCCGUCGCUGAUCUUGGUCACUGAUGCAGGCGCUGCGCACAUCAUGAAGGUUUGGGAGCGCGUGAUUGACUGUCUUCGCGGAGGAUCAACGGUGGUACUUGCCGCGAGCUUCAGCUCGUUUCUAAACGAGGGCCAGUUCACUCGUUGCUUUGCCAAGAUGGGCCUGCCUUGGAAGAGAGGAGGUUAUUAUCGAACAGAUGUCAGCCUACGACCCGGCGUUGUCAAUGAUCGCCUGAAGAAACAGCUCCUUCCUACCUAUAGCCAGAAGGCUCUCUAUGUUGAGGGAGUGGCUAGAUCAGAUGUGUGGUACGUCAGUGCGCGGGGUGAGACAGCUGUGGCUUUUACGAAAGUUGGGAACGGCAUGCUCGGUUAUUUAGGGGACGUGAACCCAGAAAAAGGAUCUGAAUUAGUGGUCCUCGCUAUGCUUGGGCUUUUGAACUGAGCGAGCAUGGAUUGGAAGUUAUUUGCAUUUGGUUUGGCGGAACUGAGGGUACAUUUAUUACCACUCUCCUGCAAAAAGGCUACAUCUCGUCCAUGACGAACCCGGCUUCUCCAGUGGCAUCAUCAUCACCUUCUGUAUGCAUAUUGCUAGUUCUAGGUACCCUUGAGGUACCUAGGCUUAGCUAAAUUUCAACUAGUUGUACUCCGUAGGCCCUUGGAGAAUGUCAUAAAUGCUGACACUAAUUACCCGAAUACCUAACUUUAUCUUGUUGCCGUGAGAAAUACUAGGGGCAUAUUCGGUAGAGGAUUGCUAGGAAUAGCAUGAUU